GCCUAUUGGUUAAAUCCACCCCUGCAAUCAUCAAAUUAUUUUAUUUAAAAAAUAAUUAAAAGACUCAAAUGUUUUAAAGCACUUCAGGGUGAAUAAACUGAGUAAAAUUUCAUGUUUGGGUUAACUGUCCUUCCUUAAAAGUAUUUGUGCAUCUGAUUGUCAAAGCAGCUAGACACACAGAGCCAAUGUGCACCAAUUACCUUGCUCUAUUGUGUCUUUGUGCUUGAUCUGUUCCCUGGCAGUUCAAGACAGCAGCUGUCUGACCGACUAUCCAGGCUACAGCGUCCUACGAGAAGAGUCCUCACUGUUCACUUGGAUUAUAUACACGUUUAUCGUACGUUUUCCAAGUGCUUACAGUGUCAGAAAGAGAAAAAGAGACGGUCUGCUGUCAUGCAUUGAGUGUCUGGCGUACAUUUGGGGGAGGGGGCUCGCUGAAAAACAAGGAUGUGAAUUCACAGCAGCGCCGCAAACCAGGAAGACGAACAGCAUGCGAGCUGAAAACUUCAAUAUCGCUGCGUGAAUAGCAUCUCCGUGUCCUUUAUAAACUUGGAAACCUGAUUAAACUGCGUGAAAAAAAAUUGAAGAUAUUAAACGCGGACGACACCCCCCUCCCUUUAAGCAAAGGUCAAAGGUUACAGGAAGCUGGGGGGCUGCCAUUUUUCCCCCUGCUAACAUGUUAGAUGCUAAAAAGGCAAGGAGUGGUGGUCGCUGCUGAGCGCUUGUGUUUAUUAGGUGUUUGUCAUCGGUUUGCCUCUUCUGUCGUAUGCGUUAGGCUCGGUUGUUGAAUGAAGGCGGCAUGGAGAGGACAGAGCAGCCGUGGAAUUCCUCCUACACGUACCAGGUGAGCAAACACAGCGCCGAGAUGCUACACAACCUCAACGGCCAGAGAAAAGAUGGAGGCAGGUUUUGUGAUGUUAUCUUGCGCGUCGGAGAGGAGAGCUUCCCCGCGCACAAGGCGGUGCUGGCGGCGUGCAGCGAGUAUUUCGAGUCGGUGUUCAGCUGUCAGACGGAAGACGACGGCCAGGGCAAGGAGCUGGAGAUGCACACGAUCAGUCCUAAAGUUUUCCGAGACAUCCUGGACUUCGCGUACACCUCCAAGAUCGUGGUGCGCCUGGAGUGCUUCCCGGAGCUGAUGACCGCGGCGAAGUUUCUACUCAUGCGGUCCGUCAUCGAGAUCUGCCAGGAGGUCAUCAAACAGUCCAACGUGCAGAUCCUCGUGCCCCCUUCCCGCGGAGGCGAGCACAGCCUGUUCAGGGCCGCGGAGCAGCUGUCAUACCCCCUACCCGUGGACAUGUCAAACGGGAGCGUGUCCAACGGCGCUGUGUUUACCGACAACAAUGACAGCGACAGUGCCGAUCCAAGCAACAUCUCUCAGCCAGCCGCUCCCGGGGCUCCAACGGCCGAUCGCUUAGCGGUUUCACCGUUGGAGUUUUCCAGCGGCCACCUAAACAUCGACGGCUUUAAACGAGGAAAACCCAGACCCAAAAAGGAGCCCAUAGCGCAGCCGGUCACUUACAACAAUAGCACUGGUCAAAACGAAGAAGGGGCCCUUUUCUCCUGUGGGAUAUGCGGGAAGAUGUUUCCAGACGAAGUCCAGUUGAGAAACCACGAGGCGCAGCACGGGACUUUCACCGGUGUCAUGAGCAGUGGAAUAGAGCUGGUCGUUGUUGACGGCCCGACGAUGAUCUCUCAUCCUGGCCAACAGAGAUUUCAGGGAAACGGACUACCUACGGACACCCGUAAACGCGAGAGGACGAGACGACACGUCGCGUGCGACUUGUGCGGCAAGGUUUUCCGAGACGUCUACCACCUCAACCGGCACAAGCUGUCGCACUCCGGCGAGAAACCGUACGCGUGUCCGGUGUGCGGGCUGCGCUUUAAACGCAAAGAUAGGAUGUCUUACCAUGUGAGGUCUCACGACGGCUCCGUGGGUAAGCCCUAUGUCUGUCAAAGCUGCGGGAAAGGUUUCUCCAGGCCAGACCAUCUGAAUGGACAUAUAAAACAGGUGCACACCACAGAGAGACCUCACAAGUGUCAGAUUUGCAACGCGUCCUUCGCAACACGAGAUCGCCUGAGGUCGCACCUGGCGUGUCAUGAAGAUAAGAUACCCUGUCAAGUGUGUGGGAAAUAUCUCCGGGCUGCCUACAUGACUGACCACUUGAAAAAACACAGCGAAGGACCUCAUAACUACUGUGGAAUAUGCAACAAAGACGGGCAGGAGAAUGCUGGGAAAUGUCCUCAUCAGGAUUCUGACGGUUCAGAUGCAGUUUUCGGUGACCUUUCCAACGGAAUGGAUCUCAAGGCUGAACAUAAAGUUGAGGGAGAAGAAAUGGAGGUGACAUCCUUCAUCUUCAACGGCCAACCUGAUGACGCAGUGACCUCACCAGAGGGCUCCAAAAACAUCCCAACAACAGACCAGGAAAAGAAGUUCGCCUGUGGCGAAUGCGGUCAGGCUUUCCGCACAAAGUCUUACCUCAACAAGCACCAUCACCGUGUCCAUAAGAAACGUGCUGCGGCUGCCUCCAGUCUUGGAGACCUCGCCUCACCCUUUUCCCCCCAACAGAAUAUGUCACUUCUUGAAUCCUUUGGCUUUCAGAUCGUCCAGUCGGCCUUUGCCUCCUCACUUGUGGACUCUGAGAUUGGCAGCAGUGGAAUGGGUUUAGGGGAGAAAUGACCCUUUUGAGAGGCAUAACCAAACUUUUAUAACUGCGAGUUUAAUCUGUUGUCUCAUACUCCUUGACGCCAUAUGUAGACUACUUUUGUUUUGUUCAAUGUUUUUAAUUAGUAUGAUGUUUGUUAAUGUUUUGACUUUGCCAUCAUGAGCUAUGUUUCCAUCUAAACAUAAAUCUUAUGCGCAGAACUGGAAUAUAGGCAUAAAACAUUAACAAAUAAAACACCGUUUCCUUCAAAUGAGUCUAAGAAGACAACAAUCGUCACAUUCUGAUGAACUGAAUGCAAAUAUUAGAAAGAAAAAUGGAUUUUUGAAAAAUAAAUAAUUACUUGCGCCUUAGAAGCUGACACACAAUGAAGGUGAGGGGUGCAAGACCGCUUUUUGAUGGACAGGGAUUUUUUUUUUUUUGAUGUUUUACAAUUUGCAAUGUGUCAAAUUGCACCCAUUCUUAUUAUCGCAUGAUCUUUUAUAACAAAAUCCCCUGACAUUUUUGAUGCUCAUAAUGGAAUUUAUGUAGUAAAUGUGUCUCCAUUAUAGUUUAUACAAUUUAUUUUGGGAAAAAAACUUUUAUUUCACUCAGUUAUGCGCAUAUGUUUAUGUACAUUUUUAAAAUGUAUGCACAUCUUGACAUUUCCAUCUAGAAAUUUCAAUUUGAUAUUUCAAAAUCUGCGUGAAAAUGGCUGGAUGGAAACAUAGCUGUUUUGAUUCCAUUGUGGUGUGAAGCAGCUAAUUAGUUUAUUCCACAUUUGACAAGUCCUCCACCUCUGACAUGUAUGUUUAUUAUCACGUGUGUCUGCUUCCGGAUUCAUGGGUUGAGGAUGAUGUUUGAUGUAAAAGACAAACCAAUGCCCUAAAUAUGUUCCGAAUGUAUACCUCUAGGUUGUUUUUGUCCAGGCAGUGUCCAUGUCCACACAUCGAGUACCUCACAGAGAACGUAACAUUAAGGAGCAUUUCAAUUUUAAUGCUAAAAACAAGUUUUCACCAUCAGAAAACAAAGCUGGAGUCAUUAGAACUGUUUUGUAGUCCAAUGACUACUGAAGCUGUAGACUACUGAUGUAAACGAAGGUCGCUUUAUCUCACAAUUCUCACUUUUCUCUCAACUGUGGGUUUAUAUAGCACAUUUCAGUUUUCCCCUCAUACCACAGAGAAAAAAAAUCUAGGUAUAUGAUUAAAUCACUCAGUUGCAAGUUAAUAAACCUUUCUGGGAUUAUAUUACAAUUCCAUUUUUUUUUUCAAGAUUAAAGAUGUAAAAAAAUUAAAAGUCCAAAAUUUGUAGAAAUAAAGUUCUGAGGGGAAAUUAAAUUUUUCCAACUUGGCUAUUGGGAGGUUUAAACUCAGAGUUUUUUUUUUAAGAAAAGAUUAAUUUUAAGAUCUAAACUUGCAGUUCUUGCAAAAAAAAAAGUAUGAAAUCUAUUUUUUUUUUUUUUGAAGAUUAAAAGAUGUUAAAUGUUGAAAAGUCCAAAAAUUCAAGGUAUAAAGUUCUGAGGGGAAAGGAAAGUUUUCCAGUUUGGCUUUUGUAAGUUUAAAAUUAAUCAUUUUUUUCUGAACAUUCGAAGUUUAAACCUCACAAUAGCCAAGUUGUAAAACUUUCUUUUUCCUCAGAACUUUAUACCUUGACUUUAUAACUAUGAACACACCUUUUAAUCUUGUAAAGAAUUAAUUCAUUCUUGCAACUGCAUGUUUUCCAACUUGACUAUGGUGAGGUUUAAACUCAGAAUUUUCAGAAGAAAUUAAUAAUUUUAAGAUCUAAGCUUGAAGUUCUUGCAGAAAAAAGUUUUCUUAGUUGUACUGUUAUAAUUAUAUUUGUUUUUAUUUUAUUUUUUAUUUAUUUUUUAUUAAAGAUAUGUUAAAAAUUUUAAAGUCCAAAAAUUCAAGAUAUAAAUUUAUGAGGGGAAAGGAAAGUUUUCCAUCUUGGCUGUUGUGAGGUUAAAAUUCAGAAUUUUUUAGCAGAAAUGAUUAAUUUCAAGAUCUAAAUUUGCAGUUCAAAGGAUUAAUUAAUUUUAUUGUUUUUUUUUUUUUAAGAUAAAAAGUUGUGUUAAGUUGAAAAGUCCAAAAAGCCAAUAUAUAAAGUUGUGAGGGGAAAGCAAAGUUUUUUUCAACUUGGCUAUUGUGAGGUUUACACUACAAAUUUUCAGAAGAAAUUAUACAUUUUAAGAUCUAAACUUGCAGUUCUUGCUGGAAAAAAAAAAUAAUUCUGUAGUUUUUUUUAUGAUUAAAGGAUGUGUUAAAUGUUGAAAAGUCCAAAUUUCUGUUGAAAAUUCUGAGUUUAAGAUCUAAACAUGCUGUUCUUGCAGAAAAAGGUAUGAAUUAAUUAUAUUGUUUGUUUUUUUUUAGAUUAAAAGACGUGUUAUGUUGAAAAGUCCAAAUAUUCAAGAUAUCAAGUUUAAGGGGAAGGAAAAUUUUCCAACUUGGCCGUUAUGAGGUUGAAGUUUGAGAAGAAAUGAUUAAUUUUAAGAUCUAAACAUGCAAGAAAAAAGUAUGAAUUGUGAGGAAAAAAAUUGAAAUCAUUUUCUUAUUUUUGUUACUCUGGAAAAAAACAAGCUUCCAUAUAUGACACAAAACCUACAUCACCUACUUCAACAUUUUAGUAUGAAAUACUUUCGUCAGUUAUUUAAAUGAAAUCCUUCAAAACUUAAGGCCAAACGAUGGCUGUGAUCUCAGUAAUAUUUUGUGCUUUGUUUGUCUUGGAUAGUACUGAAACAGAUUGCUUUUGGUCACGAGAUGUGUGUCUGUUUUUAACGUCCAACAGGGACCAAAUUCAGGUUUCACUGUAAGAUAUAGCAAGAAGCAAAGAAUAUAUUUUAUUAACUUAUUGAUACCAGUGUCCAAGUCUCCUUUACAAAAAGGUAUAUAUAUUGAGUUGUUGCAACAUGCUUUUUUUUUCCUUUUUAAAUCAUGCAGCCGACAGGAGGAGAGCGUGAGUGUGAUGACGUGUGUUUGUGUAACACGAGUGUAUGCUGCGAUCUCUCUGAUGUCCUUUAUCUCUAGAAUGUAAUAUAAACAGAGGGCUUUGUAAUCUUUUCUUUUCUUAAAUAUACCAGAGUUUUUCUAAGUGGUUCAAUACAUUCCUGCUUAACUUAAAUUCUUGUCACUAUACAUGACGUAUAACAUUCAUAUAUAUAUAUAUAUAUAAAGCAAAUAUGUAUAUAUGUAUGGCCAAUUAUGUUAGUUUUUGUGAACGGGAUCCUUGUAAAUAGAUAUUUUUCUGGGCUUUGAAUGAACGAAUGGACGUUUUUAUGCUUUAAAUACUUGUUUUAAGUGGAUAAUGACACAUCCACACUUUUGUUGUGUCUUGAUUAUUAUUAUGCAAGUAAUUGAGUGUGUGUUUGGUGUUAGCCUGUUCCUCUGAAUGCAGUGUUAAUGCUGGUUAUAUUUCCCUUUACUUUACCCUGCAGGUUAUUUGUAUAGUCUCCCAUCAACUUAUAUGUAUUUGGAAGGGCAGUUUGUCAUUCAUGAUGGAAGCUGUCAGUGAAUUUCCUUUCUGUUAACAUGUAAAAUCUAAAGCAGGCUGAUCUGAGCAGUGGACUAUGCCGAGUAUGCUCACUUAUUUGACUAAUCAUUGCUAAUUUAACAUGUUUUAAUUGAAAUAUUAUUCUUUUAAUAGUAACAAUCAUCAUCUGCCUGGCAUCAUAGUGUGAUCUGAAUAUUUGCAGCCCUUAUUUAUUUACCAAUUAAAAAUGGUUUGAUUUUUUUUUCCUAUUAUUAUUAUUAUUAAUGUUAUUCUAUGUUUGUCUAGUAAGGUGUUCUGGCUUAUUACAUCACUGGAAACGUUUUUUUUUCUAGCUUAUAUAUUCAAUUACUUGUAUGUUGCAAAGUGCCUUCCCAGUACUGAUUGUGAACAGCGAUGGGUAGGAAAAAUCUGUCAUUUAAAGGACCUAUCUUUAAAAAGAACCCAUAUACAAACAGAGUUGCAUUGACACUUUUGUAUAAAGACAUGCACAUAGAGAAGUGUACAUUUGUACAUGUUUGGUAUUCUACCUUUUUUUGUUUGUUUGUUUUCUGACAAAAUGUUGUUUCUCUGCAAUUUAUGUCACGGCGUUGAUCAAUUUUUGGACAUUUGGAUAUAAGCAUACUUUUCUAUUGAUGUUUGUUUUUGUACACUGUUUUUCGUGUCUCUGUCUAUUUGGCACAGAGAUGGGUAUAAAAUAAAACUGUAUUUGAGAAUUUU